UUGCUCUUCUUGGUGAUCGCUUUCCGUAUUUUAUUUUUUGACUUUCCUUGCUACAUCUAAUUUUUUGGAGGGGCGCUUACAUUUCUUUUCCCCGGUUAACAAAAUUAGAAAAGAGAAAUAGAUGACUGAGAAGUGAACCGGAUUCCAACCUUCAGAAGGAGUGUCACAGUGCCACGAGGAAAUAAACUUGAAAAAAAAUUAAAAGUUGUGGUUUAGAGAAAAGGAAGAGAGAGAGAGAGAGAGAGGAAAAAAAUAUGGUAAUCGGCGGUAAAGUGAGAACACAGAGGUCUUCAGAGAUGCAAUAAAUUCCCCGCAUUUACUCUGGUCGUUGAUUUCGUCGCAAGGAUGUUGGUCGUCCCCGCCGCCCGUCUGCUUCUGCUGUGCCUGCUGUCAACUCAGCUCGUGUUCUCCCACGCCUUCCACGGGCGUCCUCGGCGACACCGGCACCACGAACGCAGAUUCUUCGAGAGCCGUAACCACGCCCAUCGCGCUCAUGGCCACGCCCACUCUCACCAAGACGCCCACAGGCUGGUUUCGGCGAGUCACGUGGGCGAGAAUUCUGUCGGCGGGAACCGCGUGCCGAGCGCCCGCAAGAGCGGCCACGGGUCCCGGUGGGCGCUGACGUACCAGGGCGCCGCCCACGAGCCCGCCGCCAUCAACAACACGGUGUCGAACGUGACGGCGCAGCUGGGGGGCGCCGCCUUCCUGCCGUGCCGGGUGGGCCACCUGGGGGACAGGCAGAUCUCCUGGAUCCGCAAACGCGACUGGCACGUCCUUACAUCCGGCGAGAUUCUGUACACUCCCGAUCGCCGGUUCUCCGUGCUGCACGUAGCUGGCUCGCAAGACUGGACGCUGCACAUCAAGUACGUGAGCGUCAAGGACAACGGGACGUACGAGUGCCAGGUGUCCACGGGCACGGGCAUCAUCUCCCUCUUCGUCAACCUGGCUGUGGUCACGCCCGAGGCCCGUAUCCCGCCAGGUCACGGCCAGUACCACGUCAACCGCGGGUCGCCGAUCACGCUCGUCUGCGCCAUCGAGAACGUUCCCACUCCGCCGCAGUAUGUCUUUUGGUACCACAACGGGCGCCUUCUGAACUACCUUCCCGACCAGCCGGAGCUGACCAUAGAGACGAGCCGAGAACCCAGCGCCGCCGUCAGUAGGCUGGAGGUGCGGAAGGCAAGGGAUGACCACUCGGGCAACUACACGUGCAGUGCGCCCAACACGCUGGCUGCCUCGACGAUGGUGUUCGUUACGGAAGGCGACAAAACGGCGGCGGUGCAGCGGAUAGACUCGAACGGCGCGGCCGCCUCAGCUCCCCUCGCGGCGCUGUCCCUGCUCGCCGCCUCCUACGUCCUCGCCGUCAGAUGAAGUGGCAGCGGCCCGCCCUUCGCCAGCGCCGCCGCCACCAGACGCGGGGGGCGCCGCGCCCUCGCCUCGAGCCCCCCGUCGGCCGCGUCCCUCGGCAUACCUCAUUCCCCGCGGCCGCAAGGAAGGCGCGGCCGCGACGCAGCCCGGGGCGAGCGCCCGCGCGGGAGGGCUCGCGCGGCGCCGCGUGCG